GCAGAGGAUUGUACAUUGCCAUAACAGAUAAGGGCCACAUCCGGUCUGUUGUAAACAACUGGCCAGAGAAUGAUGUGAAGGCUGUUGUCGUCACAGAUGGGGAACGUAUCUUGGGCCUUGGGGACCUGGGAGUAUAUGGGAUGGGAAUCCCAGUUGGCAAACUCUGUUUAUACACCGCCUGUGCGGGAAUAAAACCUGACAAGUGCCUUCCUGUAUGCAUCGAUGUUGGAACUGACAAUCAGACACUUUUGGAAGACCCAUUUUAUAUGGGAUUGUAUCAGAAACGAGACCGCUCACAGGUUUAUGAUGAGCUCAUCGAUGAAUUCAUGGAAGCCAUUGUAGGCAGGUACGGCCAAAACACCCUCAUUCAGUUCGAAGACUUUGGCAACCAUAAUGCCUUCCGCUUUUUGAGGAAGUACCGAGAAAAAUAUUGCACUUUCAAUGAUGACAUACAGGGGACCGCGGCAGUUGCCUUGGCUGGAUUAUUGGCAGCACAGAAAGUCAUUGCAAAACCCCUCACCGAGCACCGAAUCCUCUUCCUUGGAGCAGGAGAAGCUGCCCUUGGUAUUGCAAAUCUCAUCGUCAUGGCUAUGGUGGAAAAUGGUCUUUCUAGUGAAGACGCUUACAAGAAAAUUUGGAUGUUUGAUAAAGACGGCUUAUUGGUAAAGGUACGGUGCCUGUGAAUUUGGAAAAAUCCUGCCACACUGGUUAGGACAGCUCCUGCCCCACCUGCAUGGAAACAUUUCAAAUAUUUUCUUUGAGCCAUGGUCUUAUUUCCACUUUUAGGUGUUGCCGGGGCUGGGAGGCUGUUUUCUCAUGAUAUUAUCAAAGCGAUGGCCGACAUCAAUCAGAGACCCAUCAUCUUUGCAUUGAGUAACCCCACCGUGAAAGCCGAAUGUACGGCUGAGGAGGCGUACACGCUAACAGAGGGCCGAUGCCUCUUUGCAAGCGGCAGUCCGUUUGGACCUGUGAAGCUGAGUGACGGCCGGUCCUUCAUACCGGGCCAGGGAAACAACGCCUAUAUAUUUCCAGGUGUGGCUCUUGCUGUUGUCCUGAGUAGCGUCCGACACAUCAGUGACAAUGUAUUUUUGGAAGCGGCAAAGACGUUGUCCCAGCAGCUGAGUGAGGAAGAGCUUGCAGAGGGAAGACUUUAUCCCGCACUUUCCAACAUCAGAGAAGUGUCCAUUAACAUAGCUAUAAAGGUCAUGGAAUAUUUAUUUGCCAAUCACAUGGCGUUCUAUUACCCAGAGCCAGCAGACAAAACUCAGCACAUACGAUCCAGAAUCUGGACUUCGGAGUAUGAAUCCUUCCUCCCAGAUUUGUAUGACUAUCCAGGGUCUACAAACUACUCAUCGGACACAAGGCGUGUUUGAAAUAUCCACUGGGAACCCUUUUCCAGAACCACAUUCGAAGUAGGACAGCUGAAGACCUAAAACUUUCUUUUUGUGCUAAAUACGACGGAACUGGGCGCAUAACCGACAGUGGGUUUGCUCCCUCGGUUGGCCUUCCUCUCUUCUGAGGCGCAUUCCUUUGGAUGCUUGGGUUGUCUGCAAGAGAAAUGAAAUGUAAUAUAUUUUCUAUUCUCCCUGAGAAGCUAAUUGAACAAAUAAGAGAAAACCCUUAGUUCUUUUUUUAAAACUUUUAUUACCGGUCUGCUGUGUGAUUAAGGUUUUUCUGUACUGUCUCAUUGAUGUCUGUAAGCUGCAUGGGUUUACAUCAAAUACCAAAUUGAGAACAGAUGUUAGUAAGUUAAGGAAAGAGAUUUGGCCUAGCCUGCCUUCUUCCUUCCUUCCUUCCUUCCUUCCUUCCUUCCUUCCUUCCUUCCUUC